GUCAGAACCGCGCAGGUUGUUCUCCUCCUCCUCCUCCUUCUUCCUUCUUCCUCCGAAUCUGGGAGCGCGACCGCCGCCUCGGAGGUUGCGUUCUCGGAUCUUUCCCUGUCUUCUCCUUUGUUUUCUCCCGAGAAAAGAUUGGCUAAGGAAUAAAGGGUCGGAGCCGAGGGAAGGAGGGGAGGGGGGAGAUGGGGAUACUGUACGCGAUGGUGGCCCGGGGCCACGUCGUCCUGGCGGAGUUCAGCGCCGCCGCCGCGUCGAACGCGGGCGUGGUGGCGCGGCAGAUCCUGGAGAAGCAGCUGCCCCAGGGGAACGCCGACAGCAACGCCUCCUACUCCCAGGACCGAUACGUGUUCCACGUCAAGAGGACCGAUGGGCUCGUCGUCCUCUGUAUGGCCGACGACGCCUCCGAAAGAAGAAUCCCUUUUGCGUUUCUGGAAGAUAUUCACCAGAGAUUUGUGAAGACUUAUAGUCGUGCCAUCCUCUCAGCUCCUCCUUAUGCCAUGAACGAUGAAUUCUCUAGGAUUCUGAGCCAGGAGAUGGAACGGUACUCGAAUGAUCCAAAUGCAGAUAGAUUAAAUCGUUUGAAAGGUGAAAUGAGUCAGGUGCGAACCGUCAUGAUAAACAACAUUGAGAAAGUUCUGGACAGGGGUGACCGCUUGGCUCUGCUUGUCGAGAAAACUUCGACAUUGCAAGGAAACACACUCCGUUUCAGAAAGCAGUCCCGUCGUUUCAAGAACACUGUAUGGUGGGGAAACGUCAAGCUCACUGGCGCCUUGCUACUCGUCUUCGCCAUUAUCCUCUACGUGGUGCUGGCAUUCCUUUGCGGUGGUCUGUUCAUGCCUUCCUGCCUGAGCUUGGCUUUUGGUGUUGACUGACUUUUGCAAUGCAUAAUGACAAAAUUAUGUCGGAAGUAUGAGGUCCCUCCAAUUUUUUUUUUCAAAUUCGGGAAAAUAUAAGUGAUAUUCCUAGUGGAGUUUUCUCUAGUUUCUUAUAGAGAACGUCAUUCAUCUACCUGUAAAUGUAUCGAGAUCAUCUGAGGCCAACAAGAUAUCUGAAUUACAUAUAGUCCCUGUAAAUUGUUUCUUCUCAAACGAGAGACUUCUUGAUGUUUGAUCAUUUCUUUUCUUUUCUU